GUGCAAAGUCCAAAAUUCCCUUGACUCCUCACCCCUUCAAAGUCGAAACCUCUCCUUCCUUUCCUACCGUGUCUUCUUUUCCUUGGAAGCCAUGGCGUUACCACAGUGUCACUUUACACUGUUUCUACGAUUGUUAGGGUUUCUGAUCCUCGUCGAUCUUCAUCAGGUUCAUGCCGAUUCAAUUCACGAUGUCCUGAAAAGUAAAGGGCUGCCGGCGGGUCUCCUCCCCAAGGCCGUGAAGUCGUUUACUCUCGACGAAAAUGGGCGCCUUGAAGUGUUUCUAGAUCAGCCUUGUUUGACGAAAUUCGAAGGCAGAGUCUAUUUCGAUAGCGUUGUGAAGGGUAAUCUCAGCUAUGGCGAGCUUAUAGGAGUUGAGGGCCUCUCCCAAGAAGAACUAUUUCUAUGGUUACCCGUUAAAGACAUUAUACUCGAUGAUCCAUCUUCUGGUCUUAUCUUAUUCGACAUGGGAGUCGCUCAUAAGCAGCUCUCGCUCUCUCUCUUCGAAGAUCCCCCAGAAUGCAAGGCGGGAAAUCAAGGGACUCCUAUUUUAAUAUCAGGAACUGAUGAGCAGUGGUGAAAUACUAGUAUCUAGCCUAGGAACCAUUCAGUUGCAUCUAGAAUGAAAUAAAAUGAACAAUCUGCUGAAAAUUGCAGUCUGGUGUUUUCUGCAAUCUGGUUAAUGGGCUCUGUGACAAGUGGACCUUCCAAGUUUUUUCCUUUUGAAGCAUCGAGUCUCUACUAUUUGCUCCAGUUUCUGGAUUCCAUCAUGCAUGAGACGCUAGCAGUUCCUGCAUUUACUUCUUCCCUAACGCCAGAACCGAGAUCUGAGAAGUGAGAAGAGCCUCACCUGCCAACCUCUUGUGCUCUUUGAAAUAGACUUUGUAUCUCAUUGACAAUGCAUUGGAUCGAUUUUUGUAAUAGACUCUGUUUUGGUUUAUUGGAGAAGAGUAACCAGCAGAACUCCAAUUAUGGAUAUUUUAAAAA